AAAGAUAUCAAGUACCAGUACAUUAAAUACUCUUUCCUUUGUUACAAAUGCCUUACAGCCAUAAAUGGAUACAUGUAUGGAAAUCUGCCUGGAUUGGAUAUGUGCUUAGGAGACAACGUUUUGUGGCACGUUUUUAGUGUAGGAUCAGUGGAAGAUUUACACGGGAUAUAUUUUUCAGGAAAUACCUUCACUUCUUUAGGAGCAAGAAAGGACACAAUACCUGUGUUUCCUCAUACUUCUCAGACACUUUUGAUGACACCUGAUUCUAUAGGAACUUUUGAUUUGGUUUGCAUAACAAUAAAACACAAUCUAGGAGGCAUGAAACAUAAAUAUCACGUGAGGCAAUGUGGGAAGCCAAACCCUGAUCAAACACAAUACCAGGAGGAGAAAAUUAUUUACAUUGCAGCCGAGGAAAUGGAAUGGGAUUAUUCUCCUAGCAGAAAGUGGGAGAAUGAACUCCACCGCUUACAAAGAGAGAACCAAACGAGCAUGUUUGUGGAUAAAAGUGGAACACUUCUUGGGUCCAAAUACAAGAAAGUCUUAUAUCGUCAAUAUGAUGAUGACACGUUCACAAAUCAAACAAAAAGGAAUGAAGAUGAAAAACAUCUCGAUAUACUAGGUCCAUUAAUAUUGCUCAACCCUGGUCAAAGAAUUCAAAUUAUCUUUAAAAAUAAAGCCUCAAGACCGUAUUCUAUCCAUGCUCAUGGAGUGAAAACAAAUAAUUCCACUGUUGUUCCAACUCAGCCAGGAGAGAUUCAAAUAUAUAAUUGGCAGAUACCUGAUAGAACUGGUCCUACCUCACUGGACUUUGAAUGCAUACCUUGGUUUUACUAUUCAACUGUAUCUGUGGCUAAGGACCUCUACAGUGGACUGGUAGGCCCUCUGAUUGUAUGCCGCAAAGACAUCAGCCCCAACAUAGUUCACCGUGUUCUCCACUUCAUGGUUUUCGAUGAGAAUGAAUCCUGGUACUUUGAAGACAAUAUCAACACCUAUGCUUCAGAGCCAAACAAAGUGGACAAGGAAGAUGAUAAUUUUCAACUCAGCAACCACAUGCAUGCAAUUAAUGGAAGACUGUUUGGAAAUAACCAAGGUCUAACAUUUCACGUUGGGGAUGUAGUGAAUUGGUAUCUGAUUGGCAUGGGAGAUGAAGCUGACAUGCACACCGUUCACUUUCAUGGCCAUAGCUAUGAAUACAAGGAUUGGGGAGUGUAUCGAUCUGAUGUUUAUGACCUUCCUCCUGGGGUCUAUCGAACUGUAAAAAUGUAUCCAAGAGAUGCUGGAACCUGGUUAUUUCAUUGCCAUGUUUUUGAGCACAUUGGUGCUGGAAUGGAAAGCACUUACACUGUACUUGAAAGAAAAGCAUAAAUAUUUGAUAUGAUAUGAAUAUUGACAAGCUUACAAACCAAGGCAAAGCUGCCAAAGAAGGAAAACUCCAGGGACAAAGGAGUCUGGGAGGAACCAGCUAAAGACUUUCAUGACAAUGUGCCAGGAAAAGUAGUUUGAAAUAAAAGUUUUCUUAGUAA